GGGAGAAAGCUGGUGUCAGUCGAGGAACCGUGAAAAGAUCUCUGUGAGAACUGCAUCUCGAAACCAAAACUCUCUUCCUUUUUCAAGCUGAAUCCUUAGCUCAACUGGCAGCGUCAAGAGGUCAAAUUCAGUCUGCCAGACGUUAGUGCGGGCUAACAAGCACAAUGCCCUCUUCCGUCGCUCUAUCAUUAACGUCGGAAUGCUCGGAUUCUGUAGGGAAAAGACUGUGACUGUGACUGAAGCCCCUAGCCAUUGGUGUCCUUCCAGCCUCAAUGGCCUCCUGCCCAGCGAACACUGUCUCGCCUCACGUGAAUUUCUUAACUUCUCAGGAACUCAGGAAGCUAUUGGAUGAGAGUGUCUGCUCUACUCAGGUCGUGGACUGCCGGUCAUGUCUCAACUACAGCACAGAGCGCAUCUCCGGAGCGGUCAAUGUGUUCUGUCCUCCUCUGGUCCGUCGCCGCUUCCAGGCUUGCCUGCCUCUGGACAGUAUGCUUAGCUCAGAGGCCAAGGUCACUCUGUGCCGCCCCUCGGUCAGUUUGGUUGUGGUGCACGAGCAGGAGGCCACAGACCCGGCCUUAUUCGCUCGAGGACAGUCCUACCUCUCUCUUAUACUAACUAGUCUGCAACAUUUUCUGGGAGAAAGGAACUACGCCAUUUUGAUAGAUGGCUACCGAGGGUUCCGGAAAUCGUGUCCAGAGCUAUGUUCUAGUCACUCAGCAUCCUCCGGGCAGUUACGUCACAUCUCCAGGUCGGGACCCUACAGUCCUUACCCCAGGGCGUUGACCUGUCCAGAUCUAAGACGCACAGAGCACAGUUUGCCAGCAGUUACAGAGACAGGCGGUGACACGAUGAACCUAGCCAGGACUGCCUCGGAAAUGAAGAAAGGAACAAGGUUUAAGGCUGGCAGGGACAGGCGAUUCCACGAACGAUGGCCAAUUGUCUCUAUGAUGCUGAGGAGCGGUGGCUCCAAGAAGAGGGAGCAAGAGGGUAUCAAAGGAAGGGGUAAUGCGAGUCAAGUUUUGUAA